AUGCUCUUGAAUCGUCGUUGUCGACAAUAUUUAUUCUAUACAAUUUUCAUUAUUCUCUGUUGGUAUUGGUUUCUUAACAUACAAAUUACGUCCAUUAAUCUUUCAUUCAAAAUUACAAAUAAAACUAUUCUUCAAAACAAAAGUCUAUUACUAUUUAAUGAACCAAUAUUAAAUUGUUCUGGUGAUCCAUUAGAACAAUGGUGUCAAAAUCAAAUAAAAUUAUGUAAUUCAUCUUUAAUUGUUUAUAAUAAAUUAUUUAUAAUAACACAUUCGAUUAUUUUACAACCUGAAUUUGCUCAAGGAAAACGAUUAGGUGGUGAAAAUAUUCAAGAUGUUUUAAAUCAACCUGAAGAAGAUGAAUAUUUUCACUUUCAAAAAGAAUUUGUCAAACUUCCAUGUGAUAUUCAAGAGUUUCAUGAUAGAAUUCCUGAUGGUCAUUUAUCAAAUAUUUUUUCUGCAAUAAGUUCUUAUAGAUUACCUCAAAAGACACAUACAAUUUAUGAAACAACAAUAGCUGUUAAUCGUCAAGAUUAUGUUAAUGUUUAUCAUACUAUAACAGAUGUUUAUACAGUUUAUCUUUUAUGUUGUUUUUUUCAAAGAAAUCCAAAAUCAGUUCGAAUUCUUUUUCUUGAUGCACAUCCAAAAGGAAAUUUAGAUAUAUUAUGGUCACAAAUGUUUCAUUCAUAUACAAGAUUAGGACAUUUAAAAAAUUUAUCAUCAAUAUUUUAUCAUGAAUUAAUUUGGUCUCAACCACAAUCAAAAUCUGAGAUUGAUAUUACAAAAUAUCGAAGAAUAGCACCAAGUUUUUUUUUUGAAUUUCGUCAACAUAUUUUAAAACAAUUUAAUAUUAAUUAUAAAAUAAAUGAAAAAUUAAAUUGUCAAUCAUUAAAUUUAUUUUUUCUUAUUAAUCAUUUUGAAGGAUUAGCUAUUAAAGAACAAUUAAAUACUAUCAUUCAAACAGAUAUAUUUAUUGGUAUGCAUGGUGCUGGUUUAACUCAUGUUCUAUUUAUGAAAGCAAAUCGUACUCUUAUCGAAUUAAUUCCACCACCAGGAAAUGCUGGAAUGCAUUAUGAUUUGAUGGCAUCAAUAAAUAAUAUUAAUUAUUAUCGUUGUUUGAUCACUACUGAAUCAACAAUGACAACACAAAGGAUAUUUGACUGUAUAAAUCGGAAAAUUUCUCAAAUGUGUCCUUGA